UUAGGAAAACAGUUGAAAACUUUUGAACCGGCAGUCACAGGUCGCAAUAUUAUCGGUAUUUCUCCACAAGGAGAUGGAUCAGCUUAUUCCAGUUAUUAACAAACUUCAAGAUGUGUUUAAUACUGUGGGAUCAGAAGCUAUUCAACUUCCUCAGAUUGUGGUAGUUGGUGCCCAGAGCAGUGGCAAAAGUUCUGUCCUUGAAAACCUGGUAGGAAGAGAUUUCUUACCUAGAGGAUCUGGUGUCGUCACUCGUAGACCAUUGAUUCUUCAGUUAGUUCACACUCCACCAAAGAAUAAGACCACAGCUUCCAAGAAGUCAGCCAAAGAAGAGAAACCAAAAGUUGGUGAAGAUGACGACGAGGACGGGGAAGCAUAUUUUUCAGAUGAUGAAGGUGAAGAAACAGAAAAGGACAAUGAAGAUCCAGAGGAAUGGGGGAAGUUCCUUCACCUGAAAGAAAGAGUUAUAAGUGACUUCAGUGAAAUUUGUGAUGAAAUAGAAAGGGAAACUGAAAGAGUGACUGGAAAUAACAAGGGAAUUUCAAGUGAGCCAAUCAGACUGAAGAUUUAUUCACCAAAAGUUCUAAAUUUAACAUUGGUAGAUCUUCCUGGAGUGACAAAAGUGCCUGUUGGGGAUCAGCCCCUAGAUAUUGAGCACCAAAUUCGUCAUCUUAUCCUGCAAUACAUCAGUAAUCCAAACAGCAUUAUUCUUGCUGUCACACCUGCAAACAUUGACCUUGCUACAUCAGAAGCCAUUAAGAUUGCCCGAGAGGCUGACCCAGAUGGAAACAGGACACUUGCGGUUUGUACCAAGCUGGACCUAAUGGAUCAUGGAACUGAUGCUUUAGAUAUUUUGUUUGGAAGAGUUAUUCCAGUCAAGCUCGGGAUAAUUGGUAUCAUGAAUCGAAGUCAGUUAGAUAUAAACAACAGAAAGACUAUCAAUGCUGCCCUCAAAGAUGAAGCGUCAUUCUUUCAAAAGAACUAUCCAGCUUUAGCAUCCAGAAAUGGGACCCCAUUCCUCGCGCGGACACUUAAUAAGCUUCUGAUGCACCAUAUUAGAAAUUGUCUUCCCGACCUGAAGUCACGUGUCAAUGCAAUGACAUCACAAUACCAGCAUUUACUACAGAGUUACGGAGAACCGGUGGAAGACAAGGGCCCAGUACUUCUUCAGCUCAUCACAAGAUUUGCCUCAGCAUACUGCGCCAUCAUCGAGGGAACUGCUCGUGAUAUUGAAACAACAGAGCUUUGUGGAGGAGCGAGGAUAUGUUACAUUUUUCACGACACCUUUGGCCAAAGACUUCAAAAGAUGGAUGCCCUGGAAGGACUUUCCACAAAAGAUAUACUGACGGCCAUUAGAAACGCAACGGGUCCUCGGCCCGCCUUGUUUGUCCCGGAGAUUUCAUUUGAGCUUUUGGUCAAGAGACAGAUACAAGUUAGAAGACAUUUUGUUUUGCCUUUGGUAUUGAUUUUACGCAGGGAAGUGAACCAAUGUACUGGUUUUUCAGGCUCGCACACUGACAUGUUGAACACGGCCCAUCUUAUAAUUUUCUUUUACUAUUUUCUAGGGAAAUUAAUUAAGUCGUACUUCAUGAUUGUUAGGAAAUCAAUUCAAGAUAGUGUACCUAAAGCUAUAAUGUGCUUCUUGGUAAACUUUGUCAAAGAGAGAAUUCAGAGUGAGCUGGUAGAGAAACUUUACAAGAAUGAAAUGUUCAAUAUUCUUCUUGAGGAAGCAGAGCGGAUGCAUAUCAAGAGGAAAGAGGCGGGGGAAAUGCUCAAGGCGCUCCAGAGGGCAGGACAUAUUAUUAGUGAAGUGAGAGAUACACAUAUUUGGUAAUCAAGACCACAAGAGAAGAGAAAACCAAGAGAAUGCAAAGAAGGGAUCAGUUGACCACGAUAUGAUAUUAACAAUGUAUUUAAAUACAACUGAGUUAGAAGUGUUUUUCAGGAUUCUCUUUAUUGUCUGAGCUUUCCCUUGAUUUUAAGUAAGGUUUUUGCAACGAGAUACCCUUUCAGUAUAAGUUGCUGUCAUACGGAACCUGCCUGCUUUCUGUAACGUUCAAAAUAUCAAGUAACGAAGAUUGCGCGAAUGCUUUACUUCUAGGUCUCUAUAGUUACCGUCAUGAACUACACGUUUGUCAGAAAAUUGUUAUUAUUUUUUUAAGUUUAGUUUGCAGCUAAUGCUCUGAUGCUUGUAAUAUAAUGGUGAGAAUGGAAUGAUACUGUACUCGAACUAA